CUCCUGCUGAAGUCUCUUCCUCGCGAACUCUGAGACACAAGUCGCGGACAUCGGCUUCUCCUGCUGCCUCCCUCCGCCUCCUUCCUUCCUCUUCCUCUUCCUUCCUUCCUUCCUCCUUCCUUCUUCUUCUCACCGCUUCCCGUCGUCGUAGUUCCCGAGCGAGCGAGCGAGCGAACGAGCGACUGAGAGAGAGAGAGAGAGAGAGAGAGAGGCCGAAGAGCGAGGAGAGAGGAGAGAGCUCAGAGAGAGAGAAGGUGAUUGGGAGGGGAGGAGGUGGGGGGCGACGAGCACGAUUGAUUGAUCGAGUGAUUGAUGCAUUGGGUGCGAGAGCGAAGCAUCCGAAAGAGGCGACGAAAAGAGUGGAGCUUGAUAUAGGCGGAUAGAUAGAUAGAGAGAAAGAUUGCGGUCGGUCGGUCGGUCGAGAGAGAGAUAGAGAGAGCGAGCGAGCGGGUGCUUGUUGGGCUGCGACUGCUGCCGCCAGUGCCACUGCCACUGCCGGGGCCUCCUCGCUCAUGGCAGGGUGGUUUGCGAGCAAUUGAGCCAGAUAUCCACCACCGCGUGCUGUCGGCGUUCAGACCUGGCCUGCGGAAGUCUGAGAUUUUGUCGAAGGGCAGUCGGAAGGAUCGGGAAGCAGCGCGCGGACCUGACCUGACUUUGCCCGUCGUGUACCCUCGUGAAAGAACACACCCUCAGCCUCGCAUCCGAGCGAGCGAGCCAGCGCACGCACGCAGGGACGCACGCACUCUCGCUCGCCCCGCCCGCCCGCGAGUAGCGCGCACGGGAGAGGUCGUCGAGAGAGAGACGUACAGACUCGCGCACUAGCAGGAAGGUAAAUUCGAGUAGAUGGUGGUUGUCCAGUGAGAGAGGUCGCGGAACCCAAAGAAUUUGUGCUUCCGAAGGUGUCGGUUUGGGAUCAGAUUGCUGUGUUUCUCCAGAGAGGCACGCUAAGGCAAGGUUCCGAGAGCACCGGCAAGCAGAUUGUCCAAACUAGAAAGAACCACCCGUCGGGGCAACGACCGAAGCGGACACCAUUGGCGAUGCUGUCAGACGCCUGAUGCCCUUGUCUGAGACCGUAGAACCUUCUAGCAAAGAACCACGCUUUCCCCGGAUGCCACUCGGAUAUCUAGCCAGGCGGAGCAUAGAAUCACCUGCGGUGUUGUAGAUUGGCGAUCAGCGAGGGAUAAAUGUUGCGCACGGUGGGACGUUUCUGUGCCAAAGAAUUGCCGAUACGAUAGCCUCCGGUCAUGGACUCCAUUUCUAACGAAAUUAGUGCUCGCGGAGACGCUUAAGUAGAAGCGUAGCUCAGGUACCAGGCGUCCGGAACCUUGGCAUGAAGAGAAAGGGUUUUUUCGUCCGCCUCAACUGGCUUUCAAAUUCUUCAACUGUCAAGGUCUGAGGCCGAGUCUUAGUCGAGACAGGAGGCGAGCUCGAGUAUUUUGCUGCGGGACCCCAGGGUGUCGCGUCGUUGCCGGUGGAGUUGUUCCGCCACGCAACUGAUCAAUUCAUUCCACCACUUUCAUGACGAGUCGGAGCAGAUCACAGUGACCUGCUGCAGCGAAGGUGCGGAGUUUGAGUCCCUGUCGUGUGAGGGUUAAUUAUUAACAUCCUGACGCAUCGGGGCAAAGGAGUUGGGUACCAGCCCAAGAAGUAGCUUGUAGAAGUUUUCACUAUUGAUCUUCAAUUCGGCUGCUCGCCGGAGCAGCACUCAACAGGUUCAAGAGUCUGGGGUGCCUGGAUGGAGACCAUGGAACUAGGCAGCGCUCCGGAUUUCUCUGAGGAUGUUGGAGCACUAAAGAAGGGACCGUGGACAUCGGCCGAAGACGCGAUUCUCGUAGCUUAUGUCACCAAGCACGGCGAAGGAAACUGGAACUCGGUGCAGAAGCAUUCGGGCCUGUACCGCUGCGGCAAAAGCUGCCGCCUGCGCUGGGCCAAUCACCUCCGUCCCAAUCUCAAGAAGGGAGCCUUCACACCGGAGGAGGAGCGGAUGAUUAUCGAACUGCACGCCAAGCUUGGCAACAAAUGGGCUCGUAUGGCUGCCCAGUUGCCAGGUCGCACGGACAACGAAAUUAAGAACUACUGGAACACUCGGAUCAAGCGGAGGAUGCGAGCAGGGCUGCCCGUGUACCCUCCGGAAAUGCAGAAUCCGGCCGCCAACUCGCAGUAUCUGUUCGAGCAUGGCGAGAUGAGCAUGAGUUCGGGCGGGGAGUCCGAAUGCGAUCCGGGCUCAAGCCCAUCGACCGGCGAUUUUCAGAAUCUGAGCGUCUCGGGCAUGCACGGAGGCUGCCGCAUGAAAAGCUGCUCGUCGUUGACCGGGAUGAGCGACCUGCCCUUGAGUUCGGUGGUUACUCAGACCUUGAGUGCGGGCCAGUCCAUCAGCAGCCCGGGACGGCGGAUGAAACGCAUGCACCGAGACACUCAGUGCUCGUCGAUGAGCGGCGCCAGCGGCGGCGGGGGAUUGUUCCCGCAGUUAUCUGACGAGAGCAGCAAAACCAUGCCAUACUUCAAAGCACGGCGGUCUUGUGGAACUCGCAACUCCAUGAGGCUGGCUCAGAUAGCAGGGUUCCCCUACGAUCCAGACCCCGAAGGUCUGCAUUUCGAGGGUAUGCCAAACCAUGGCUACCUCAAUCUACCACCAUUCUCUUGUUCCAGGCCGAAUUCCAGCCUGAAAUUGGAGCUCCCUUCAAGCCAAUCUGCAGAGUCUGCUGACAGCGCGGGCACUCCUGGGUCUGCUAUGACUAGCCCUUACACGGCAUUUUCUCUACCACAAAACCAUCAUCUGCUAUCGUCGGAAGCAGAUAGCUUUGGUAGCAACAACAGCAACAACAGCAGCUUCCUGCAAGCCUUGCUGCAGGAAGCGCAGAAUCUGGACCCCGGUCGAGAUCAGAUAAGAUCGGCCGAGCUUUCUGAUCAGCUUCUGGUUCUCACGUCUGCCAAUCCCCCAAUGGACGUCUCUGCUCUCAUGAGCCCAAGAAAGAGCAGGUGGGGUGAAGAUAGUGAUCCCACAACUCCACUGGAAGGACGGACUUAUUCCAUGUUCAGCGAAGAUACUUCACCGAACUGCACCAGCAAUUGGGACGAGACCUCGACCCUGCAGUCCCCUCUUACGACCGUUUCGUCCAAUUUGCAGGCCGCUCAUGUUGGCGGCCUCAAAAUUGAGAACAGUGCACAACACGACAUGCCCUGUGGCAAUUAUGGAGACGAGGAGAAUCUGAUCUCUUCGCUGCUGGACUUUGCAAGGCCUGAUGCAACCCCGGUGGUCGAGUGGUACAAUCCUCCCGACGUGUACACCCUCGGGGGGCAACCAUGCCACUCGCUUCCGGAGGCCAUCGAGGCCGCGUUUCACCACCAGGACGUCGUUGCAGAAUUAGAGCACUUGGGAGCGGCAGGACAUCCUGUGGCGAACCACGUAUGGGAACUGGGCUCAUGCCCUUGGAACAACAUGCCGGGUGUGUGCCAGCUCGGAGAUCUCCCCACAGAUUGUAGGCCACUGACCUCGAUUGCCGAUCAGAUGAACGAUCCUUGUGCCAUUUGUUGAAGGUAAAACCACAUUUGCAACGGCUUUCGACUACUGACCUGCUGACCUAUCCCCAUGGUUGGUAAUUCAAGCCAACUACAACUCGGUCCACCAAGCUCUCCGGUUCCUUUACUAGAACAUUUUCUUAGCUGCAAAGUAGAGUAAGAUUUGCCUUUUGUUAGGCUAGUGAACAGUUGGGACACAUCGGCGGUGGUAGGUUAUUAAUCUGCACCACCGCUUCAUGUGUCCUAGGAAAAACAGUGGCAGGCCUCCAGUCAUGGGUAAGAAGAAGAUUAUUUGGUCUAUUGGACCGCUUGUGAAUCCCUUCUCGAUCAUCAGUGGUGAACAUCCCUUCUGCCGCUGACUGCCUUCGGCAGCUGUGACAGCGGACAUGUUUCACUGCUUUUGUGUAUAGUGUGUGUGGGAUAUUGUAGCGGGCAAUUGGAUAAUCAUUGACAAUUCAAAUCGCAUUAAGGUC